AUGACAGAACCGAAGUUAGCAACCACGCACGUAGUGGGUGAACCCACCUUCGAAGGACUGGCACGUUUCAUUGAGCGAAACAACAUCACCAAAAUAUUUGUUAUGGUGGGCGCAGGGAUAAGCGUUGCAGCUGGAAUCCCCGACUUCCGCUCUCCCCACACCGGCUUGUACGCUAAACUCAGUCGCUACAAUCUCAACUCACCGGAGGACGCCUUCUCACUCCCUCUCUUGCGUCAACAACCAAGUGUGUUUUACAACAUUCUGAUGGAUAUGGACCUCUGGCCCGGGAAGUAUUGUCCUACGACGGUUCACCACUUUAUCAGUCUACUCGCCAAGAAGGGCAUGUUAUUAUGCUGUUGUACGCAGAACAUAGACGGGUUGGAACGCGCCUGCGGAAUUCCAGAGUCUUUACUAGUUGAAGCCCAUGGUUCCUUCUCUUCCGCAUCAUGUGUUGACUGUCACGCGAAAUAUGACAUCAACAUGGCGAGGGCGGAGACAAGGGCUGGAAAAGUGCCUCAUUGCAAUCAAUGUGGUGGUAUAGUGAAACCCGACGUGGUUUUCUUUGGCGAGAAUCUCCCGGAGGCGUUUUUUAACGUAGCGGGACUCAUUGAGGAAACGGAAUUGCUGCUUAUUUUGGGAACCUCACUUCAAGUCCACCCAUUUGCCGACCUUGCGCUCAUGGUGCCCUCUGACGUGCCACGAGUGUUGUUUAACUUGGAGCGCGUGGGCGGGAGGAUGUUCCGCUUUCCUACGGACCGAACACCCAAUUUCCGCGCCAGUUCCUAUCGUCUCAGCACUGGAAAUGGCAAUGGCAGUAAAAUUAGCAGUGGGGACAGCAGCAACAGCAGCAGCGUCGACGGGUAUGACCAGUUUACGCUCGCAGAGAAUGACGAGACGGGCGUGUUGCGUGACAUUUUCUUUCCUGGUGACUGUCAGGUGUCUGUUCGUUCCUUUGCCCAGGCGUUGGGCUUCGGAGAGCAGCUUGACGCCUCUGUACGUGAGGGAAGGGAAAUAUUUGAGCGCACUCGGCGUAGGGAAAAAGUCGUUGAGGGUUAA